AUGGCUGUGGCUAAUGCAUCUUCGCUGGCGGACUGUGAACGGAACGCGUUGCUUGUGUUUGGCUCUAGCACAGCCAUUCUACUCACCGGUGCUUUGUUCAUUAUUUUGGGCCGCUUUAUAACAUUGCAUCAGAAACAGGGGGACUCGGAUGAGGACAGUUUGCAUGAAUUGAUCCGGUCCAGACAAAUGGGCUGGUUUCCUAAACAGGCUGAACGACUAUUGUCAGGGAAACCACUCUGUGGGAAAGUUUUGAUUACCGCCUCCAAGAAUUUGCUCAAAACCUGGUUCAGUUUAGAAUCAUUGAUCGAUUGUUACACUAUUUUUCCGAUAAUGUUCGCCAUAGUAUUUGGAAGAUAUCAUUAUAACUUUGGUUUUCUCUAUUUCACAAAAAUUAACAAAAUCACCGAGGCUAUCGUGUUACUCAGUCUGGUUGAUCAGGAACGGAGCAUUAGAAAACUCAAAUUGAUCUCACAAUUGUUAGCUGCUUGGUUCACAUUUGCUGGAAUUAUCCUACUGCUCGAACGCAUCGGUGAUUUUUGGGAACAUCGCGAAAUUUUACGCGAUUUGGAAUUUUUGGAUUGCAUUUAUUUUUUACUCGUUACCGUGGCAACCGUUGGUUACGGGGAUAUUGUGUGCACCAGUUAUCUAGGUCGCCUGGUUAUCAUAUUUGUCAUUGUCAGCGCAUUAAUUUCCAUUACCACACAUAUGUCCGAACUGUACGAAUUAUUUCGGUGCAGUAAGCAAUAUUCCGGCUCGUUUAAUAAUGAAUACCAUCCUCGCCACGUGGUCGUUUGUGGAGAAAUCAAUUACGAUUCGGUGUCCAUAUUUUUGAAUGCGUUCAUUCACGCGGAUCGUGGUCGAUAUGAUAAAAACAUCAUGAUCGUAUUUCUCGCAGAGUAA